GCCCGGGCAAAGUAGCUUUGCGUGAUGGCAGCGUCUGAAGAGCCGGAGGCGCCCACGGAGCCCUUGGACGUCGCGUGCGGCCUGGAGAACGUGCCUGUGAGCGUGUGGCCGCCGGGGGCGAGGCCAGGACCUUUCCAGUACAGUCCGGACCACGUGGCCGGACCCGGAGCCGACGCCGACCCCACGGAGAUCACCUUCCCCGGGUGCAGCUGCCUCACCCGCCCCUGCGUGCCUGGCACCUGCUCCUGCCUCCGCUCCGAGGAGAACUACGAUGAGGAAGCGCGCCUCCGGGACCUGGGGUCGGCAGCAAGGUGCGCCUGGCCCAUCUUCGAGUGCAAUGCCCUGUGCCCGUGCCCGGGGCACUGCGGGAACCGCGUGGUCCAGCGAGGCCUGCAGCGCCCCCUGCAGGUGUUCAGGACGGACGGCAAGGGCUGGGGGCUGCGCACCCUGGCGUUCAUCCCCAGAGGCCGGUUCGUCUGCGAGUACGCCGGCGAGGUCCUGGGAUUCUCCGAAGCACAGAGGAGAAGUCAGCGCCAAACGGAACACGACUCCAAUUACAUCAUCGCCGUCCGGGAGCACGUGGCCGGCGGGCGGGUGAUGGAAACGUUCGUGGACCCCGCGCGGGUGGGCAACGUGGGGAGGUUCCUGAACCACUCCUGUGAGCCCAACCUGCUCAUGGUGCCGGUCCGCGUGGACUCCAUGGUGCCCCGGCUGGCGCUGUUUGCAGCCAAAGACAUCUCGCCCGGAGAAGAACUCUCUUACGACUAUUCGGGCAGGUUUCUUAACCGCAUGGACGGGGCAGACGGGGCAGACGAAGGCAGGCCAGGCGGCGGGAAACCGAGAAAACCUUGUUAUUGUGGGUCCGCGUCUUGCGCCGCUUUCCUGCCCUAUGACGCAUCCCUGUACCGCACCCCCGAGGGGCCGGCCCCGGUUCAGGAGGGGACAGUGUAG